AAUCUAAGCUAGCAACGCAACGCCGUGGUCCAACUAUAAAACCCGCGGCGUCAUCCAUCCCCAUUGCAGCUUCAGAGUUCCUGACUCCUCGUUCGUUCUGCGUUUCGCGACUGAGAUAGCCAACCCUGCGACUGCGUGCGUGCGGGCGAGCGAGCAGGCAGAAUGGAGCGCCACGCCCAGAAGCAGGCGCCGCUAGUCCUCGCGCUGUCCUGCCUCCUCCUCCUCGCCCCCGCCCUCGUCUCCGCCGUCCCCACUCCAAGAAGCCUGCGCCUGGGGGGCCAGCAGCAGCACCCGCCGGCUCUGAAGCUCACUUCUUCUCAGAGGUUAAUUGAUUCAGCGAUCUGCUGCUGCUGCUGUAAUCCUGACGAGAGGUGGGUGACUUUGUGUUAAUUGGGGCACAGCAGGAGGCGGCGAUCGCGGCGGCGAUGAACAUGGGCAGGCCGACGGCGAGGGUGGCCGUGGAGGUGAACGACUACCAACCGUCCGGCCCCAACAACCGCCACGACCCACCCAAGGGCCCCUGAAGAGCUUGUUGAACGGCGCUCGGCUGGACGUGGACGACCCAAUAAUGCUUCUCCUUCGUUGUUGUCAUCUUUACCAGCAGUAUAUAUAGAGUGCUUUGCUAGUGCUCUUGUAUUCUACCCCACCAGUAGAGAUUAAGGAUUUAAGGUAGACACAAAGUUACCUAGUUAUAUUUGUACACUGGCCGAUAGGAACUUGGAAGCACAUCGGUAGUUUGUGUUGUUCUUAGGUUGCCGUUCGUCAGAACUGCAUGCAGAUCGAUUUCAUCUCCUGCUGCAGCUGCAGGUGUCGAUACAGCACCUGCAGCAGAUCGAGAUUGUUCAGCUUAAUUAUUCUGUUCCUCCGAUCU